CGGUACUUGAAAAUCGACAGCGUCUCUGCCAAGAAACCUGGAUGUCGAUCCUUCUGGCAACUCGUACCCGGCAUAACAACACACAGUCUUUCGCACAUGAUAUCAUCUCACUUGAUGCCAAGGCUGCAAGUGAACUGACCUAAUUUCAUCGAGCCAUGCAAAUGCUAGGAACCCAACCGCGUCCCUUGUCAGGCAGGGGGCGGGACACUCGGCCUCUUCCACGCUGAAACAAACACCUCAUUGUCGGACCGACAAGACGGCAAAUCAAUCAGAAGCUCGGAGUUUAAAGAAUUGUUGAAGAAGAUUUAAAAAGGUUGCGCAAGUGCCUUAGUACAUUCGUUAUUUCCGCGCUAGCUAGCGUGUUUUCUGAAUCUAUUCCAUUUCAAUAAUUAGAACUUUUUAGAGUCCCUUGUUUAGUACCUCAAAUACGCUAAAUUUAUCGAGAAUGACGUUCGACAUCCACGGGGCCAUCUCGUCUGUCACUUUGGCUGGAAGUGUUAUGUCAUUCUUUGCAACUACCAGUGUGCUUGUUUCAUUCGCUAUUUAUCGCCACCAUAUCCAUACCUUUCGGCAUAUGCUUAUUCUCGAGCUGAUGCUUUUCGAGUUUGCAAACAAUUUGAACAACUCUACAUCUGGGAUCUGGCAUCUCAAAAACGGCGAACUCAGUAUUGGAAGACUUUGUACUGUCAAUGGCUUCAUAGGCCAGUUCUCAGCUCAGGGAGUUGAUCUUUCAAUACUGGCCGUCGCUGUCGUUACUCUUUUUACUGUAACGCGGCGUAUCUAUAUGCCUGCGGUGUCUAUGACAAAGAGAGUAUGCAUUUGCCUUUCUAUCUGCAUCCUUCCUCUCGUUACAAGCAUCAUACCAACAUGUAUGGGUGAGAUGCAACCCGUGGGUGGCAACUGGUGCUGGAUAGCCACGAGUCGUCACGACCUACGCUAUACUAUGGCACAUGGCUGGCGUAUCUUUGUCAUAUUCAGUACAGUCACUAUUUACAUCUAUAUCUGGGUCUAUCUAAGAAGAAAAUUUGGCUCUAAAGCUGAUGAGGCCCGUCAGCUACGACCGGAUACCCCGGCAAACCGUAAAGUUGCCUGUCUUCCGGUUAGGAAACCGAGGAGAAACGGGGUUCAGGUCACAGACCACGAAGAAUUUGAACUUGAUCCCCUUGAACUUGUGCAGCCGAACACAACAGCGACCAAGCCUGCAAUGUUUCCCGAAGAAAGCCAGCCGCCUCCUUCACCUCGGAAGAACAGAUUCAAGGAGAUAAACCUGGAAUUUGGAGAAAGAACACAAGCUGGUCCCAGUGAGGCCCAGGGAGCAUCCGUGCGCCAUCGACCGACAGCAUCAAAAUCUGGAGCAGAUUUGCCCAGACCAGAAGUUACUGGCAACCUAUUUGCUGAAGUCUAUACGCCAAGGCAAUCACAACAUAGCCAAAUCAGUGCCCUGCAAACCAACGCAAGUGAAUUCCACAUGCGUCCAAGUACCGACCAAGUUGAACUCGAGAUUCAAAGAAUGCUCUUGCUUAAUGCGUACCCAUUUAUGUAUGUUCUUCUCUGGGCACCAGGUCUGAUCAAUCGACUUAUGGAAGCUUCUGGAAACCCCAACUCUAAAACAAUCAACGUUGCCCUCCAAGCUCCAACACAGUUUAUAGGACUUGCGAAUGCCUUGACUUAUGGAUUCAAUCAUUAUCUUAGAGACAGGCUUAAUGAUCUAUAUUUCAGACCCGUGAUUGCAAGGAUAAAGGGUCGAAUUGGACUUUACUAAGUUUUCAACGAUGCACCUUCCAAUGACAUUCAAGCUCUCUGGCAACACUGAGGAUAAUCACAUAUUGAAGCAUGCUUGGGGUUUCCCUUUUUCCCACUGUUAAUAUAAAUACCUCAAUCAGUAACCUUAUUGGCGUGGCCACUGACGAAGUCACACAUGACAUACAUAAACACAGUCAAAAUCACAUUCAAGUUCACUGGAAGAGGGACUUGUUUUCUUGUUUUAUAACAUUCUAAUUACAUGACGUUGAGAAGCUUGACCCACGCAUUACUCAUAGCCAGCACAGGCUACCAUUCCUCUAGUCAAUCAUGAUGGGGUAUCGAUGGUGCGCUUAUGAACGCGAAAAGAUGAUGUGGUUUCCAGGCCUGAAAUAUCGAGGUUGUAAUCCCUUAGGCGGGAACAGUCAUACCCUCGUUGGCCUUGUAGCCCUCAGCAGGAGCUGAUGUGUGAGCCUCACGGUACUCGGCCUCCUUGUCCUGCUGGAUGAGAUCGCAGCAACCACAGCAGCAUGCAGUGGCGAGAUCGACAAGGCAACUGCCCUGGAGGUUGUACUUCUCACGGAGGUUGGCGCGCUGGAGGGCGAGAGGAAUCCAGUGAAGACCGAAGCAGGUGGAACCCCAGAAGAGAAGGCACUGUUGACAGAGGAUAUUAGUAACGGUUAGAUGGCGGGGUAUAAAGAACAUACAGAGGUGUUGAUGGGCUCGUAUCCUUGAAGGUUACCGUUCUUUCGGAGACGGUGAUGAGUCUUGCCAAAGGUUACGCAAGGAACGCAGCAGGUGAUAGCGCAAAGGUCGAUGGGGCUAAAGCAUCCAAAGAAGCUGUUCUGCCAAGGCUGGGAAGACUCGGGCGACUUGGAGUUGACAUGCUCGCUGGGACGGGCGAGGACAUCAUUGAAGCGGUCCUUCCACUCGUUCAGGUCGUUGUGGUCAAUGGGACCAUUGUUAUGGGCGUUCUGAGCUGGGGUAGACAUCUUGGUGGUAAGAAAGUAGAGAUGAAAGAGUGACGAGAAAUGUUUUGGGUAUGUAGAAGAUGGGAAAUGGUGAAGGAGUGAUGAACAAGAGUAUGUAAGACAGAACGCGCAUCCCUCCCGUAUUUAUCACUUCCCAUUCCAUCCCUUACAAGGCACGUCUGGGGCCCCGGUCCAGUAUUGAUUGGCUGCUGUGCCUUCUCGGAUUCUAAGGGACCAGCUCCCCCACCAUCACUUCUUUUUUUCACGACGGCCCAAAAGUGGCUGCAGUCCUGAAAAUGCCUGAUCAUGUUAGCGUGCAUCAAGGCGCUCUGAUCACCAGUCUGGCAGAUUACAACUUUGACACGGGGCGUGUGACGGCCAAUCAGGACCAGCGGUGAGAACAAUCAUGCGGAGAGGUUGUUCAGCCCUGUGGUAGGCUGGAAACAUUUGAUUCGGCAGUUGGGCUAGUAGGGGCGCCACCAAUUUGGGUCUGAAAUUGAGCGUUGGGAGCUAAUGCAUGGUGCUGCAAGCCUUUGAGCUCAGGGCGCUGGUUGUUUUGUGACGGAGAGAUAAGAAGCUCCUUUUCAUUACGGAGAUGUAACCCAAUCAUUGCUUCUUUGAAGUUCUCGACAUGAAGGUGUUAUCGUCAUAGUGGCAGUCCUUCUGGAUGCCUGUUGGUACACGCUCCCCAGGCUUCAGGAGCAGAAUGAAUGCCAGUUCAUUCCAAACAUCGGAACAUGUUUCCUCGGCACUCAACCUUAACACAAAGCCGAUCGUAAAACAAAAAGAAUUAAAUGAAAUUUGGCCCACUCACCUGACACGCACUACAGAGCGAGCGCGCUCUUAUUCCGCUGCGGCUGAGAGUCGGCAAUUGCCUAAUGCGGUCUGAGCACUGUAGCUCAAUUACUGCGAAUGGCUUGGACUCAAAGGCAAGACCAAGUGACUCAUCGCUGUCAAGUUCUUGGCGGGAAAAGCUUUUCUUCUUUUGUGCCUGGUUCGCUUAUUGAUUCUGUUAAUGGAUAAGUCGGAGGCCGUUGAUUUACGAGGUUUCAUGAAGUCGGGAUGCCUGACGAGGCGGAAUCUCCACUGUGGGGAUGGAUGCCUAUCAUUCUGGAAGCCGAUAAGAUUUGAAAGAUAACGGGUUUGGUUUCUUAUCGUAAAUCAAUCUAUUUAUAUCGCUUCAUUUCUGGAACAAAUUCACGGACAAAGAGAUAUUCCUCCCGGAUAAUUUCCAGCUCACUACGAAGUAGAUGGAAAUAUCAACAACAAUUACAAGCAGCAUAUGUACCUAAUGCAUAGACAUGUUCACGUUGAAGAGGGUAUAAAAUGUUAAAAGUCUAACCCUAUAUCUAUUCUCAAAGCAAAUAGCUAUGUAGUAUUAUCAUGAAAGCCCCUCCAGUCUUCUAAG